AUGUCAUCAAUUCGUGAUGCCACCGGCCCAUCUACUACUGCUACUUCUGUCAUUGAGCUCCAGAGCCCUUUGCGGUCCGAGAGACAGUAUUCAAUUGGCAAUAAUCACAAUAAUGAGGAGGAUCAUGAUGAGACUGGCCAGACAUUCGAUUCUCCUGAAGAACCGCCGACGGGAGCAGUCGUCCAUGCUCUGGAGAAAUGGAAUGCCCCAUCUCGCAAUAUUCCUCGAACGUUGGCGACCUUUUGGAGUUUUCUUAUCAUGGGAGCUAACGAUGCUGCUUACGGGCUCGAAUCAUACUACAACCUCAGCUACACGGUCGUAUCGCUAGUCUUCCUGUCGCCGCUGGUCGGCUACGCGUCUGCAGCGCUGCUCAACAAUGUCAUCCAUAUGCAUUUCGGCCAACGGGGCAUCGCCUGGCUGAGUCCCGGAUUUCACGUCGUCUCGUACAUCAUCAACGCCGUCCACCCACCUUACCCUGUCCUGGUGGUCUCGUUCAUCUUCGCUGGCAUCGGCAACGGACUGGCCGAUUCGGCGUGGAAUGCCUGGAUUGCCAAUCUCGCCAAUGCGAACGAGCUCCUGGGGUUUCUGCACGGGUUUUACGGCAUCGGCGGCUCUGCCAUCGAGCUGGGUGCUUCAAUAGCAUCGUUCUGGAAGGCGAACGGCCUUGAGUUCCGGACAAACAACGCUCGAAGCGCGGAUCGCAAUAAAGAGAGCCACAUGAAGGAGGCGCUCUUCUCCCGAGCAGCCUCCCGAGUCACCUGGCUCUGUGCCGCAUUUCUUCUGGGAUACGUCGGUGUCGAGGUCGCCCUGGGCGGGUGGAUUGUGACGUUUAUGAUCCGAGUGCGCGAGGGCGCACCCUUUGCCAGUGGUAUAACGGCGACUGGGUUCUGGGUAGGCGUGACGGUCGGACGGGUUGUCCUGGGGUUUAUCACACCUAGGAUUGGCGAAAGGCUUGCCAUUGCAAUCUACCUCCCUCUCGCCAUGGCCCUCGAGCUCAUCUUCUGGCUGGUGCCUCAGUUCUACGUCUCCGCCGUCGCCAUCGCCCUGCAGGGCUUCUUCCUCGGGCCCAUGUUCCCUGCGGCGGUGGUCGCCGCGACCAAGCUGCUUCCGAGACAUCUUCAUGUCUCGUCGAUCGGGUUUGCUGCAGCCUUGGGCGGGGCGGGCGCAGCGGUGUUCCCUUUUGCCGUGGGGGCCCUCGCCCAGGCGAAGGGGGUGCAGGUCCUGCAGCCUUUUAUCUUGGCUCUGCUGGGAGCCAUUCUGUGUGUGUGGUUGGGGCUGCCACAUAUGAGCAACAAUUCAACAAGUAUAUUUCACCGGGAUAACUUACAAGUUAACUCCCAGCACAUCUCACCUCAUCUGCCUGCCUGCCUGCCUGUCUGUCUGUUUGUUGUCUGCGAUGAUCAAAAUCUUGGCCCUGACCGUAGCGAAGCGCCAAGUAAAAUAAUUCAAAUAAUUCAGGUGGUAUCUGUAUCUGUAUCAAGGGAGUCAGGUCAGUCACUGCCACGGCCACUGCCUCCCCCUGCCAAGUCUACAUAG